UAUCGGGAGGAAACCCUAAAAAAUGCUCUUGCUGACAUUAAAUCGGGCAAGAAAACUAUAAGGCAGGCUGCAGAGUGCUACAAAAUUCCAAAAUCUACACUGCAUGACAAAAUUAAAAAGAAAAAAACAAAAAAACAUGGAGGUCAAACUAAACUUUCUUCCGAAGAAGAAAAAAUGAUUGCAGAUGGCAUCAUCAAAUUUUGUGAAUGGGGUUUCCCCAUGACUCGCGGGGAUAUAAGAUUGCUUGUAAAGGGUUACCUUUACGGGCAGGGUAAAAAAAUUAAAAUCUUUAAAGACAACUUCCCUGGUCCAGAGUGGUUUUAUAAAUUUCUUCAAAGACAAAACAUUUUAACGGAAAGAUUUGCGCAAAAUAUUAAGAGGUACAGGGCUAAUAUAUCAAAAGAAAUAAUAACAGAAUAUUUUCAAAACUUAGAAGAGAGCUUGGACGGUGUUGAACCUACUCAUAUUGUCAACUACGAUGAGACAAACCUGACACAUGAUCCAGGUAGACAAAAAGUUCUUUGUCGAAGAGGUUCUAAAAGGGUUGAAAGAAUCAUGGAUGUUAGCAAAUCAAGCACUUCGGUAAUGAUGGCAAUCACUGCAGCUGGACAUUUACAGCCUCCCUAUGUCGUGUAUAAGGCUGUACAUUUGUAUCCCACGUGGAUAGAGGACGGCCCCGAGGGAGCGAUGUACAACCGAACCAAGUCAGGCUGGUUCGACGCUAUGACUUUUGAGGAUUGGUUCGACAAAAUUAUCCUUCCGUAUUUUAGAAAUCUCCUUGGGAAGAAGAAGCCUGUGAACAACAUAGUAUCAACUUUGUGUUGCUUCCUCCCAAUGGAACACAUCUUCUACAGCCGUUAGACGUGGCGUUUUUUGCACCUAUGAAGAAAGCGUGGCGUGAGAUAUUAAGAGAGUGGAAAAACAAAAAUAGAGGGUGUAUACCCAAAUCUGAUUUUCCCCGCUUGUUCAACAAGUGUAUAAAAAAUAUAGAAAACAUUGAAAAUAACAUUAAGUCCGGUUUUAGAGGAUGUGGAAUUAUCCCACUCGAUCCAAAUGUGGUUUUAAGUAAAAUACCAGAUGUCGAUGCCAGUCAAGAGCAAGAUCAGCGGCAAAAUGAGAAGCACUGGACAACAACGUUACAGGAAUUUCUGAAAGAAAGUCGGUUGGCGGCAACGCAAGAUCUUCGUCCAAAGCGAGGUAAAAAGUUAAAGAUCGCACCUGGAAAAUCAAUUGGACGCAAAGAUUUGGAGGCUCCAUCCACCAGCUGCACUGACCAUAUAAAUAGCGACUUAGAAAAAAAAUCUUUUAAAAAAUAGUGAAAGAGAAGAUGAGACUGAA